UUCGCCAUUUUAUUUUCUACGUCAGUCCACGUAAGAGACGAACAGCUGGGAGAUAUUCGAUUGAAUUCAUUAAGAUAAUUUAAUAUAAAUAGUGUCACUUUUCGAAUAUGGCUCCGAAAUUCCCUGAUGAGGUCAACGUCUUUUUGGUUCCACAUUCUAGAAUGAAGGAUCUUGUCUGCAAUUAUAUGGAUCAGCUGUCUACAGCAGAUUUUCAUAGCAAUGGUGCCCUGGAACAUUUACUUCCUCUGCUGGAGAACACCUUCAGCGAGUUUAAAAGUCACGAACACAUUGAGAACCAGUACAUUCUGGAACAGCUGAAGCAGAGGCUCAAAUUGGUCAAUGUUACCAGCACAUCUGUUUGCAAUUGCCAUGGAGACAGUCAACUAGUUGAGAUCCUUAACUUACUUCGUGAUGGAUACACCUGCACCAGCAAGCCCAUCUCUGAGCAAAUCAGUUUCGGUUCCCAGCUGCAGAAAGUUGUGUCGGAUUUCACCCAGCAUUUCAUUCCCCACAUGCAGGAAGAGGAGGAAAUCUUCCAGCCCCUUCUCAUGAAGUACUUUGCCCACGAAGAGUUGCUGCAGCUCAAGCAGCAGGUCAUCCAGCAGCACGAGAUCUGGAAGGAGAAGCUGGUAGCCCAAAAGGAAACGGCCGAGAACAUGCUGGCCCUCCUCAACACGGUCGCAUCAGAGGUCACCGAUUACCGGUCGGGCAACGACGAAGAGUACCAAGAGACUCUGCAAACACUCGUGGAAUUGACUUGCGAAAACUUGACGAAGAAUAACAAGAUCGAGAGGGAAAAUGUUGUGGAAGCCGGCUUCGACAAUCUCCCUCAAGAGAUGAUGCUCCACAUCUUCUCCUACUUGAACCCGCUCGACAGGACCCGAUGCGCCCAAGUGAGCAAACACUGGAAUAUGCUCAUCUACUCGCCGCAAUUGUGGAAGGUGAUCUACCCGACCAACUGGGCCAAGGGCCACUACGAUUUCCAGUACCGCGAUCCCUACACCCUGGUGGAAUCGGAAUGGAAAAGCAAGUCCAUGAUGGAGGAAAACGACGAUUUAAUGAGCGAUUCCGAAGAACCUUUGUCAUCCGAGGCCGAAAAAGAGAUUCGAUGCUACGAAAAGUUUACUAUGAACGCCUUGGUUCGUAUUGGCGAUGGUGUUCAACGUGUGGUGGUUGCAGGUGGUCUGAAUUUGAGUAGCACCAUCUUGCGUUCAAUGUUGGUCCUUUGCCCCAAUAUCCAGCACCUCGACGCCAGUUACACCAACAUCACUGACUUAUCUUUCAAGGGAUUGGCCUCGAAGAAAGCCUGCGUUCAAUUGGAGCAUUUGGAUCUCACCGGAUGCCGCUACGUCACCGACGUUGGCCUGGAACGACUGGGCAACUGUUUCAGGUCGGAACUGUCCGGAAGCUUUUACAAUUCCAGAUGCGGAUCAUGUUGUCAAUCGUGCAAAAGCUGCCCGAAAUAUUCUGAUCCGCUGUCGUCCACCUACAACAGCAAUUCCAGUUUGACGGAAGAGGACGUUUUUUCGCCUGGAUUGCUGUAUUUGAGCUUAUCCGGCUGCACGUCCGUCACCGACUUUGGACUGCAAUCCUUGCUGGAAGUCACCAUGGAGAAAGAGAGUCUGCACUACAUGGACCUGAGUGGCUGUCCACUGAUUUCAGGGCUGGGCCUCCAGAUGAUCACCGAGCAUUCGUCCCGUCUACUGCCGGAAGAUCUUUACUAUUGCAAUCGAAUCCAGGAGGGGCCCUAUCCGGACGAAGCCAACGGAUGCCAGAAUUUAGAGUGCCCGUUGAGAGGUUGUUGCUGCAUCGAUCAGUGAAAAAAUACUCUACGGAUGCUGUGUUUCUUUCUGUUGUUCUGGUUUUUUGGGUUAAUGAAUUCCUAAAACAGUAAAACAAGUUCGUUAGUGUGCCAUUUGAUUGUGAUAAUGAUUUGGCAUGUCGUUUCUUCCUUGUGGGAUCGCUUGUUUAAUUUACAGAUUCGAUUUUUACGGUUUUUCGUUCUAUUUCUGGUCAAAGUUAUUCACAAAUAAUCUGUCGAUGGCUCGAUGCCGUUAAAUAUAAUGAUUAUCAUCAUGAAUAUUAAGGUUGAUAAUACUCGAGAA